UCGAAUGAUAUUGCAGUAACUUUUAUCGUAUCUACUGAAUACGUGUUAUCCUUGACCAUUUGUUAUUUGACCAAACAACCUAUUUGGUAUGAUUAUAUAUUGCGUGCAUCUUACUGUAUUAAACGAAGAAUGUCUGCUCCAGUCCAAGAUUUUUGCCUCACGCUGCUGGUUUCUCUGUUUACCUUAGUGCUGGUUGCUUCAGCUUACGUCCGGUACUGUUACGGGUAUUGGAAACGAAGAAAUGUGCCCUAUCUGGAACCAAAAUUCCCCUUUGGAAACAGCACCUCCCUAUUCCCGAAAGGCAUCUCCAUAGGAGCUGUUACCAGAAGCUUUUAUGACAAGUUCAAGAGCAUGGGGCAUACCGUAGGGGGGGUGUACUUCGGCGUCGAACCAAAACUGGUGGUACUCGAUCCAGAUCUCAUCAGGGAUAUCCUGAUAAAGGAUUUUCAAAAUUUCACCGAUAGAGGAGUGUACCAGAGCGAAAGCGACCCCAUAAGCGUCAAUAUCUUUUCUCAGCCUGGUAAGGAGUGGAGGAACGUUAGGGUUAAGUUAACAUCGGUGUUCACGUCUGCAAAGAUGAAGGCGAUGUUCCAAACGAUAUUGGACUGCCACGAAGGGUUAGAGGAGGCGUUGAAAGAGCUAGCGAGACAAAAGAGCGAUGUUGACAUACUAGAAGUGAUAGGGUGCUUCACUACCGACGUCAUUGGGUCCUGUGCGUUCGGCAUCGAGUGCAACAGCUUCAAAGACCCCGACGCCGAAUUCCGCAGGAUGGGCCGCAAACUAUUCAACGAAUUCAGCCUGGCGGACAGACUUAACCUCUUCCUGUCCAUCUACGCGCCAAACCUCGCCCAGAAAUUGGGAGUGAGGAACAUCCAGAAGGACAUAUCACGGUUCUUCUUCCACAGCAUUAAGGACACCGUCAGUCACAGGGAGCGAAACAACCUUAGAAGGAACGACCUGCUGCAGCUGCUGAUCGAUUUGAAGAAUUCGGAGAUGAGACUGAGCAUGAACGAGUUGAUUGCGCAGGUUUUCCUGUUUUUCUCGGCGGGAUUCGAGACCUCCUCGUCAACGACGAGCCUGGCCCUUUUCGAAAUCAGCAGGAACGACGUGGCGCAGAAAAAACUUCGCGAAGAGAUACUGGAGGUGUUGGCGAAGCACGAUAAUAAAAUAACCUACGAUGCCAUCGCCGAGAUGAAGUAUCUCGGACAAGCUGUUGAUGAAUCUCUACGCCUUUGGCCUCCCGUGGCGACCAUCACCAGAGUGUGCACCAAAAGCCACAAACUCCAGGACACUGGCGUCACCGUGGAGAAGGGUACCACCGUGCUAAUACCGGCUCUGGGCUUGCACCACGACCCGGAAUAUUGGCCUGACCCGGAGAAAUGGGACCCAGAUCGGUUCAGCAACGAGAACAAGGACAACAGGCGACCCUUCACCUACCUGCCCUUCGGCGAAGGCCCCCGAAACUGUAUAGGCCUACGUUUUGGGCUGCUACAGACGAAAAUAGCCCUGGUGACUGUUUUAAAAGACUACAGGGUGUCUCUGAGUCCCAAGACCAUCCUCCCUCUAGGGGUGGACCCCGAAACCUUUGUGUUACACAACAUCAACAGAGUUUAUCUGCUACUGGAUAAAAUUUGAAGCAAAUCGUUACGUAAUUACAAGAAAAUAAUGCUGUCGUGAUAUAUUUGAUAUUUUCAAUAUAUUUUUUUCAUUCUU